AUGGACGAAAAACAACGUGCGGAUAUGGUCGAAGAUGGAAUUGCGACCGAAGCCGUGCGUAAAAAAAUUUCCAAAGACGACGAAGCGAAUAACGAUGCCGAUGCCACCGCCCUGUUCGGUGUCUUCGGAACGAAACAACGGUUAAAAAUCACCAAGAUUUUAAGCGAUCACGGUUUGUACGCACCGUAUCAUUUCGCGAAAGAUCUACAAUACGUUAUCACGUUACCGCAAGCCUCGGAAAUCAUGAAUGCUCAAAGCGGAGAAACCGUCGACGGUUAUUCGUUAGAAAAUCUAGAAUUGGAAUACGAAUCCAUCGAGAACACAAAUCUUGCCCGAAAAUCUGAAAAUUUGUACGGAGCCGAACGCGAAUUAUCGUUCGAACAUGCGACGUUGAUGAAAAAGACCGAAUGGGACAAGGACGUAACGAUCGUCAACGAAACCAUCAACUUACCGCGACGUAGCAUGAAAGCCGUCGUGAUGUUAUUCACGGAAAAAAACACCGACCGAUAG